AGUAAGAGUUUAAAUUUAUAUAAGUAAAUAAAAAACAUCUAGCGGCGAUAUGAGAAUGAAGUAAAAUAAAUGGAGAACGCAGUUAUAACGUUAUUUAAUUUUUUUAUAAUCCAUAAGACAAGGCUUAAUCAUCUAUUCAAAAUAUUUAAGCAUUAAGUAAAUUGGUCCCUAUACCUUUAUUUUUGGUAUUUGGAUCAUAAAAGAAUUCUUUGUCUAUAUAAGAGAUAAUUAGAACAACAACCCAAUAAAAGCCAUCUAUGUUGGCUACAAAAAUCUUAGAAUAGGAAUAAGAGUUUUACACUUCAAAUAAUCAAAAUUAUUUUUUAGAAAUAAAUGCUUAAACACUGUUUAUAUUCAUAAGAAACAUGUUCAUGCAUCAAGCUAAAAUUUUAAGCAUUUGUAAUAAGCACAAAAAUUCAUUUAAUACCUCCUCUCUGAUGUAAUAGAGAGAUUAUUUAUUUAAUAAGAGAGGAUAGAUGAAUAAAGAAUAAAAUUAUUGAUUUAGAUUAAUCAAGGAAUUAUAGAAUUUUGUGAAGAAAAUGAUACUGUUGAAGAAGCCUUAAUCAAAAAAUUUAGAAAAAAGAAGGAUGUUCUUUCAACACUAUUAUUAGAAUUGUAAAGAAUGUUCUCUCGAAAGACCUAAAAUUUUAGAUUUAAUAACGUAAUUAGUUUGUUUAUUUUAAGUUAGAUUUUACGAAAGGCAAGUUAAAAAGUGGAGUAAUAUCUACAGAUGAAAUCAUGCCAGCCUUGCUAGCCUUCGGCAUCUAAUUAUUUCAUUUCGAGCUAAUAAUCAUUUAAUAAUAAUGCCUCGAUCAAUCGCUCUGAGCACAAAGAACCUCAUGGAGAUACGAUGUAUUUCUUUUAUUAAAGAAACUGACU